AUGGUUGAGUCUAAAUUUGGCUCCUCGGGACAAUCUGUUGUUAUCGAAGAAUUUCUAGAUGGCGACGAAAUCAGUGUCCUCACAUUUGUGGAUCGCAGCGGAGCUUUCAAAUCCCUUCCACCAGGGCAAGACCAUAAGCGUAUAUUUGAUGGAAAUAAGGGUCCUAAUACCGGGGGCAUGGGAGUUUAUGCGCCUCUGAGUUUCUUAACCAGCGAAGAUCUCAAGACAAUCGACCGGGAUAUCAUCCGGCCUACGCUUGAGGGUCUUCAAGCCGAAGAAUGUGACCUUGCCACGAUCCUCAUUGCCUGUUGCACAAAGAAGCUUCAAGAUGUAGCCAUCCCCGUACGUCCCGGAUUCGCUUGCAAUGUAGUUGUUGCAGCCGGGGGCUACCCUGAGUCCUACCGCAAAGGUGACAUCAUCACGGUCGAGUGCUGUCCAUCAGGUGUGGAGAUUUUCCACGUUGGAACGGAGAAAUCGACAGAUGGGCAACUUCGAACGGCUGGUGGCAGAGUCCUCUGUGCGGCGUCCUAUGGGUCAACUCUCGAAGAAGCAGUCUCUCUCGCUUAUAGAGGCGUACAAGGAUAA